AUGCAAUCUACAACCACAGAUGUGUCAAUCAAUAAUACUGUUAUGAGGAUUAAAGUUCGUGGUGGAAACGUGAAGUGGCGUGCUUUGAGGCUCGACACUGGAAACUAUUCCUGGGGAAGCGAGGCUGUCACACACAAAACCAGAAUUCUUGAUGUAGUUUACAAUGCAUCUAACAAUGAAUUAGUUCGUACCCGGACUCUAGUGAAGAGUGCCAUUGUUCAGGUUGAUGCCGCACCAUUCAAGCAGUGGUAUCUCCAGCACUAUGGUGUUGAAAUUGGUCGCAAGAAAAAGGCUACUUCAAUCAACAAAGAGGGAGAGGAGGCUGAAGCUGCUGCCACCGAGGAGGUGAAGAAGAGCAAUCACGUUACAAGGAAGCUGGAGAAGCGUCAAAACAAUCGCAAGCUUGACCCACACAUUGAGGAGCAGUUUGGUGGUGGUCGUUUAUUGGCUUGUAUCUCCUCACGACCUGGUCAGUGCGGUCGAGCUGAUGGAUAUAUACUGGAGGGGAGGGAGCUGGAAUUCUACAUGAAAAAGUUGCAGAGAAAGAAGGGGAAGGGAGCUGGUGCUGCCUAAAUUUUUGCUGCUUAAAUAUUUUUUGGUCUUUGAUAUGGAGGAGUCUGUUUGUCAACUUAAUUCCUAACUUUUAUAGACUUGAGAGUUAGUUUAAGACUUAAUGUUUGAUGCA